AUGGAGGACGAAUACCACAUAGAGGAAACAUACCUCGCCGCGCGAGCUAGUUUCACGGACUUUUUCCGUCGGAUGGAAGACCUCGGCUUCCAGAGCUUAGCUCGUAUCGAAUGGUCGCCCGAGUGGCACCAAUCGGCAAACUACAACAUAGUGCACCCAGGACCAGGAGAACUCGAUCGCAUGCCUUUCAGGGACGUGAUUGAGAGCCCAUAUUGGGAUGAGACCCUAAACCCGGAAGACAUCGACAACCAUGAGGAAAUCUCGACCCUACUUGAAGCCGCAGUCGAAAAAGACGAGGAUACAUUCCAUGUGCCAACCCUCUUGGAGACCUACAAUCAUUUCGUCAUUUUCCCUCGCGCCCGGGAAUGGCUUGAAAAGCUUUUUGACAGUCUGGUCGAACCAAAGCUUGUGCCAGUUACUGCUAGAUCCGAAUGGGACGAGGACGGAGUUGAGAUUGACCCAAAACUGUUCAUCCUGGCUCACGCGAUCCAGCUCCUACGAUUCGCCCCUGUCCACUUUCGCAGAAGUAAUUCUCAUAAGACGACGGACUCUUACACCCGUCGCUUCCCCAUUGGCUUUCCUCAGCCAGCAUUCAAUCGACCUAGCAUUCUUGGCGGCUACAGCUAUGACGAUGUACUUCGUGCGCUCCUGUUGAUGUUCUUACUGUCAGAGCAGCGGGCUACUGGGCAACUUCUACCUCUGUUACCAUCUAAACCUAAACCCAGCAGAGAGGUGUGGUUGGGUUACAGAAAGACAAGGAGCGAUCUUUGUCAACCUGCUAGUGCCGGGUCUUCAACUUCGAAUCAGUCGUCUAUUUCGUUUAUGAAGUUUCCACCUGAAGUCCGACUUAUGAUCAUCGAAUCUGCCCUGCCCACUCAGAUUGCCCCCUGUAUAAAUGGCGAAGACGCUUACGACAAUGAGGAAGGCACAAUCAGAUUCCGCGCCAUCCAUGCAACGCACGAAGAUACUUUACUCCCACUCAAACUGUCAUGUCGCUAUAUAUAUAACGCGAUCCGACAAUUGCGCCCAGUUGAGGCAGUUGACGGGGAUAACAAUGAAGUUAUCUUUCGUUUCGACUUCAAGCAGGACACACUCCGAGUGUUUGACUACGAAAUGCCGUUUCUCAGAUCCAAAAGUGGCCGGGAGCUUCCACUCCCUGUCCAGAAGCUGAUGGUCAUGACAGACGAAACUGCACUUCGGGACCCCAUAGAAUGGGAAGGAGUAGGCUUGGAGAGGGUCAUGAAUAUCCAUCGAUUUCCAUGGCUUAAAGAGUUCAGCAUGGUCUGCCCGGUUGCCAAGAGAGCAUGGCGUAUUAAGGGUUUCGAACGAAUUGGCCCUGUGAUCGACAUUCAUCGAAAUCCUUCGACUGAGCUGUGGGGUUCUGAUCGCUACAGUCAGCUGGAUCCAACUGAAGCCUCGCUUACCUAUGCCACCAAGGGGAUACCAGCACACACGGGAAUCAAAUGGAAGUUCAAUUACCAUUACAACUACGUCAUUAAUCAGGAAUGGAACACUCCCCAAGGUGAAUACCUGGGCGCACCCCCUGACUUUGGCGAAGAUGCCGAUAAUCGGCCGGAUGGGAGUCAUCCUCGAGAUCAGUUUAUUUCCGAUGAAGACAAUCGGGCCUUCAUACCUUACAUUGGCUUCUAUGGCUAUGAUCGUGGCCAGUGCUCAAUGGGUGGUAAUUGGGCAGGAUUUCGCUACUUCGAGGAAACUGGCGCAGUGUUCUUUACACCUUUGUCAUGGGAUGAUGUUGAGCCUUUAGUGGUAGGACCCCAUGGUGAAAAUGGUGAGAAAGCCCCUUGGAAUGAGCAUCAUCCCCAGUUCGUCGCUCGUGUUUGGAUCAUCCGGAAGGGCGAGUCGGUUCCAGAAGGACAGGGACAGUACGGUUGGAUGCGGGUCGAGGAGGUGAUGGACGGUGAUCCGGAAUGGAAGCAACAGCUCAAGAGCACAUGGAUGAUGGUCCGCGACACCUUUGAGGCUGAGUACCAUCACGACUGCGGAUAUGAGUUCCGUGACACUCGAUUCUAG